AUGCCUCGUUUCCAAACACAUUCCUCGCGCCGCAGACUUUCAACGACGUCUGUCGAUUCCAUGGUGCUAAUAGAGAUUUCCACCGGCUGCAAGGCCCGCGAAUUAGCAUGGAUCCUCGAGGAGACCCGCGCCGUCAUGACCGAGCUCAAGCAUGACCAUCCACCUCCAGCUGCGGACGCUCCCGACACAGAGCGUCGCCCUCGACCCCCAGAACCCGAUCCACAUCCCCUCGCUCGAAGCGCUCGGCACCCACUCUCCGAAUCCGUCAAGCUCCUCGCCCUCGCCCUCGACUCGCCGCCCUCGCCCCGCCCCAUAGCCGACCACCUCCGCGCCCUCUCCAUCUCCCUCGCCGCCUCGACCGCCCUCUUGCGCGGCCCGCCCCUCGAAUCCCCCGACCCCUCGUGGCAGCACGCCUCCUGGCCCCAGGCGCACUUUGCCCCGCCGCUCCCGCCCAACAUCGCCUUCCACCUCUUCCUGCAGGAGGCCACCCUCGUGCUGGCUCUGCGCGCCCUCGAGCCCGCCGACGCCCCGCAGCAUUUUGGCCUCAAGCUCGGCCUCGCCCUCGGGACCUAUCGCCGCCUCGAGCACGACGAGAUGGACCACGUCUAUCCGUUUCGCUACAGUCGCCUCACGGCUGGCGGUUCGCGCCACGUCCACCAAGGGGCGUCCGUCAAGCGUCGGCCCACAGGGUUCCACGAGGCAGAUGAUGAUCUCGGCCCCGGAAGCGGCGCCGUCGACGUCUACGUGCGCGAGAAGGUGCGGGUUGAGACGGCGGAUCCGAGCCUGCUGAGCCUGUAUGCCAAGCUCCUCGCGCUGGGCAACACGCUGGCGCAGGCGAGGAGCAAUCUAGCCGCCGUCAUGGGCGAGGAACUGGACGACUGA